CCGAGGCCACCAGAACGCAGCACCGCUGACCCCGGGCUCCCGCCAAAUACAACCUGCGGAAGUAAAGCGGAAGUCGUCAUCAGUAGCUACCAAGCUAGCGGGUUGAAUAACAAAGAGAGCCGCCGCUUUUUGAACCGGUGAGAGGCAGCAGGUAAACAGCAGGUAAACAUGUCUGCGGAGCACAGCGGCUCUCCGCGGGAGGACACCGUGUCUCUGGUGGACGUCCUGCAGGAGGACGAGCAGCUGGAGGAGGAAGCUUCUGCUGUGCUCGGAGGCUCCGACUCCGACCACUGCUCCUACCCGCAGGGCUAUGUGAAGCGGCAGGCUCUGUAUGCCUGUAACACCUGCACUCCAAAAGGAGGAGAGGAAGCAGGAAUCUGCCUGGCCUGUUCCUACAAAUGUCACGAAGGUCACGACCUCUUCGAGCUCUACACCAAGAGGAACUUCCGCUGCGACUGUGGAAACAGCAAAUUCACAAACCUGCAGUGCAAGCUCUUCCCGGAGAAGGAGGCGGCCAACAGCAAAAACAAAUACAGCCACAACUUCUUUGGUGUUUAUUGCACCUGCAACAGACCUUACCCUGACCCCGAGGACCAGGUGGAGGAUGAGAUGAUCCAGUGUAUCGUCUGUGAGGACUGGCUUCACGGCCGGCACCUGGGUUGUGUCGUUCCAGAUUGUGUGGAGCUGCAGGAAAUGAUUUGUGAGGCUUGCAUGAACCAUCAUCCCUUUCUAUGGACGUACGCCGCUCACUUGGCAGUUCCCAGAGCAGCAGAGGAAGAGCAGCAGGUGAAGGAGGAGUCGAGCGGUGAGGAGGUGAAACGAGAAGCGAAGGAGGAGGAGGAGUCGACCAGCAACGACAGCAAGGCAGAAGCGAGCGACGGUCCGAGCUGUAAACGAAGCCGUCAGGAGUCAGAGGGGGGGUGCAGGCUGAAGGAGCUGCAGGCCAUCGGUCAGAAAAUUGUCCAAUCAGGAGCUGUGUUCUGGCCGUCACCAUGGCGAUCUAAACUCUGUUCCUGCAUCAGCUGCCAAAAAUCUCUGGCUGCCGCAGGACUUUGCUUCCUGCUGGACGAGUCGGACACCGUCCUGGCUUACGAGAACAAAGGCAAGAACAGCGAGCAGGAGCGGGGAGGACACGACCCCCUGAUGUCGGCUCUGGACAACCUGAACAGAGUUCAGCAGCUGGAGAUCAUUCACGAAUACAACGACAUGAAAACGGAGCUGAAGGACUUCCUGCAGGGAUUUGCAGCAGAAGGAAAGGUUGUGACUCCUGAUGACAUCCGUCAGUUCUUCGAGCAGCAACAGAGUCGCAAGAGGCGACGGUUCAACUCCGGCCAGUUCUACUGCAGCUGAUGUCCGACCGCAGACCACCUUCACCCCCCCGACUCUUCCUCUUGCUUUGCUUUUACUUUUUUAACUGAAAACUUUGCAGGAUUGAAUGACUUUUACUACUUUCAGAUCAGUGAGUCGCUGAUUUCCCGGGACUGAAUUCUAGUUGACGUUCUAAAGAGAAUAAAAGCCUUUGGACAGUAGAUGUAGUGUCUUCCUGGCUGGAAGUUCAGUUUCCUGUCUGCUCUUGUUGUUCCUGACCCAGUAAACUGUCUUGUAUCUCCUCUGAAAUAAAACAGAUUGUCCAAAUGAAACUGCA